AUGAGCACAAGCGUAGGAGCACCAGCUGUGGAAGAGCAUGAGAAGGAGAAGGCAGCUUUGCUCGACGAAGAGGGAGACCUGACGCCCAAGUUUGAGGCUGCUCUUAUCCGAAUCUUCGCUCGCUUCUCUUCGUCGUACAAGGAAGCGCAUCCGGACGUACAAGCUUCGGGAAGCGGGUCGUCUGCAUCAAUACCGCGCCCGGAAGCAACAGACGUCUUGACAGAAGCAGAUUUGGACGCUUUCUCGACGGCUACGAAUGGAGCUGCACUACCUCAAGAGUCCAAGGAUGAGAUCCGCGAGUUCCUGGAUAUCGACAAGGAUGGCAAUCUGACAUUGCGCGGGUUCAUCGAGAUGUACCACCUGCAGAGCGACAACGAUCCGGAAGAGACAUGGAAGGACCUGAGCAAGCUUGGAUUCAGCAGCAGUCUCGAGUACGAGGAUGAGAGGAAGCAAGCGACCGAGACGAAGGCAGCGGGCGACUCGGCCACAGAUCAGGUAGCAGAUAGCAAGAAUUGA